CGCAUUCCGCCUCCACGGACCCCGUUUCCUCCUUCCGGCACUGGGGGUGCGCAGGGCAGUUCGCGACGCGUAGUCUGAGAGCCGGUGUGCAUCCCGGACGUUCGUCUGAGAACCCUGAAAGCUACCGUUCCCCCGCUGGGCAGCGUGGGCGCCAUGAACAACGCGGGACUGAAUUCGGAGAAGGUCGCUGCUCUGAUUCAGAAACUGAAUUCUGACCCUCAAUUCGUACUUGCCCAGAAUGUCGGGACCACACACGACCUGCUGGACAUCUGUCUGAAGAGGGCUACGGUCCAGCGUACUCAGCAUGUGUUCCAGCACGCCGUGCCUCUGGAAGGCAAGCCAGUCACCAACCAGAAGAGCUCAGGGCGAUGCUGGAUCUUUUCUUGUCUGAAUGUUAUGAGACUUCCAUUCAUGAAAAAAUUAAAUAUUGAAGAAUUUGAGUUUAGUCAGUCUUACGUCUUUUUCUGGGACAAGGUUGAACGUUGUUACUUCUUUUUAAAUGCUUUUGUGGACACAGCCCAGAAAAAGGAGCCUGAGGAUGGUAGGCUGAUGCAGUAUUUGCUUAUGAAUCCUGUAAAUGAUGGUGGACAGUGGGAUAUGCUUGUCAAUAUUAUUGAAAAAUAUGGUGUUGUCCCUAAGAAGUGCUUCCCUGAAUCUCACACAACAGAGGCAUCCAGAAGGAUGAAUGAUAUUCUGAAUCACAAGAUGAGAGAAUUCUGUAUACGACUACGGAACCUGGUACACAGUGGAGCAACCAAAGGAGAAAUCUCAGCUACACAGGAUGCCAUGAUGGAGGAGAUAUUCCGAGUGGUGUGCAUUUGUUUGGGUAACCCACCAGAGACAUUCACCUGGGAGUAUCGAGACAAAGAUAAAAAUUAUCAGAAGAUUGGCCCCAUAACACCCUUGGAGUUUUACAGGGAACAUGUCAAGCCACUCUUCAAUAUGGACAAUAAGAUUUGCUUAGUGAAUGACCCUCGGCCCCAGCACAAGUACAAUAAACUUUACACCGUGGACUACUUAAGCAAUAUGGUUGGAGGGAGAAAAACUCUAUAUAACAACCAGCCCAUUGACCUCUUGAAAAAGAUGGUUGCUGCCUCCAUCAAAGAUGGAGAGGCUGUGUGGUUUGGCUGUGAUGUUGGGAAACACUUCAAUAGCAAGCUGGGCCUCAGUGACAUGAGCGUCUAUGACCAUGAAUUAGUAUUUGGUGUCUCCUUGAAGAACAUGAAUAAAGCCGAGAGGUUGACUUUUGGUGAGUCACUGAUGACCCACGCCAUGACCUUCACUGCUUUUUCUGAGAAGGAUGAUCGGGAUGGUAUGUUCCUGAAAUGGAGAGUGGAGAAUUCAUGGGGUGAAGACCUUGGCCACAAAGGUUACCUGUGCAUGACAGAUGAGUGGUUCUCUGAGUAUGUCUACGAAGUGGUGGUGGACAAGAAACAUGUCCCCGAAGAGGUGCUGGCUGUGUUAGAGCAGGAACCCAUCAUCCUGCCAGCCUGGGACCCCAUGGGGGCUCUGGCCAAGUGAUGCCCCUCCCGUCUUUUCCUCCUCCCGUGGAACCCGACGUAGCUGCAAAGGACAGAUCCAGGAACUGAAGCCAAAGUUACACAGGUGACUGUGUGUUCCCACAGGACACAGUCAGACUCCUGGGUUUCUCCUCCAGGAACCUCUUCCGGGAAGUGUGCUUUAUGUUGAAACAAAAUACCCUUAAAAGAAAAUAAAAGGGAACGAUCAGGUCACACUAUCUCCUCUCCUCAUCUCCAACAGCUCAGGAUCUCUUAGCAUUUUAGUCGAUGUAAUUGUUUGUCUUAACUCUGUCAAAAAGGUUUGGUUCAGUUGUCUUUUCAUUGGACAGGGGAGGAUGAGCAAUUGAGGAGUAGGGAGAGCAAACGGACCUAAUGCUCCUUGUUUCUAGAGUAGAGUUAGGGGAGGGUCACCCUAAGAUUUGAGUUCUCAAAACUGCAUGCUGCCCUUCCUAGAUGGCAGUCACAGAAUUGGAUUUCUCCAAGGUAAAUUGUAUGUCCCCCUACUAGCCCAGGAAGGGGAGGUUGAUCAGGUCUGACAUGAUUCCUUCCAGCUGUUCUGAACUAUAGGGAGCACAGCUCUACUCGAGUCAGGGAGUCAGGUUUUAGUAGAGGCUUAGAGAAAGUUGGGUGAGAGAACAACCAAAACCUUAUCAUGAUCUGAAUUAUAGUUACUAGGUCAUGAUGUGAAUUCUAAUUAUUAGGGGGAGCUCUAGCCAAAUGGUUUACCUUCUGCCUCUGGAAUUGGGAGCUGGGUGGGCAGGAAAAAGUGGUUCCCAUUCUUUCUGACAACUAGAUGGUGCUGAAAAGCUUUUGAAUAAAACACUUUGCUAAAUGAGA